CUUACACUUCACUGCUUAUAACCCCUUCCCCCCCUCUCCUCCCACUCCUCCCUCCUCUCGCCCUCCUCCCUCCCUCCCCUUCUCGCCCCCCACUUUCUCCCCCUCCCGCAUCCCCCCUCCUCCCGUCCUCCUCCCUCCCUCCCUCUCUCCUCCCCCACCCCACAUCUGUGGUGCUAGUGAUUCGAGACAUCCAACUGGCCGAUGCCCAUUGCACUGUGAAAGAUAG